AUGAGACUAGCGCUAGCUCAGUCUGGGGAGUUACUUGCCAAGAUUGAAGAGAAAGCCAAGAGUCAGAAUGCUAUGAUUGACCAGCUGAGACAAGAACUGCAACAGGCCGCCGAAACAGCAAAAGCCAACAAUGCAAGUUUGGGAAGACAGGUAGCUUCGCUCGAGGCGGCUACAAAUGACCACUCUGAUAAGAUAACACAGCUUGAGAAAGACGUGUCAGCGAUGAAAAAACAGAUGGACAUUCUGAGAGCACAGAACGAUGACCUCGAUGUCCGCUCACGGCGCUGUAACCUACGUGUCACUGGUAAUAAAGAGGGAUGUGAAGUCGGUGAACGCCCGGUCAAAUUUAUGGCCCGGCUGCUCGCGGCGUCUCUGCGUUUGGAUGAGGCUCCGCUGCUGGACAUGGCGCAUCGGUCACUACGGAGGAGGCAGGAAGAUGGGCUCCCUCCCAGGGGGAAAGACUCUAGGGCUGCAGAUAAGACUGUUGCCAUGGUCCUGAAGGAGAUACCCAGUAAGGCGUCAUCAGAAGGGAAGCCCCUCCUCACAGUGACUACCAAGGACCUCUUCAGAAUGGACACAGAGUCGUGUUGGUUGGCCAGCACUGGAGAAGGAGGACGGGCGCCCACCAUCGCCUGUCUCAGUGGGGCUGGUGACCAGUUGGUGAGUGAGCAACAAGAGAGCCGCCCCCUCCUAAGCCCCUCCAUCGACGAUUUUCUCUGCGAGACCAAGUGUGAUGGGCUUUCCCGCCCAGUGACUUCCAACACAGCUGUUCUGUCUUCAACACUGGACCUGCUGGAUCUGAGUGAACCUGGUGAUAGGAAAACCAUCAAGAACAGGAGGAGUCCGCUGUCGUCCCGCGGCAACAGCCUGAAGAAAAACGCUCACAGGAAGAAGACGGAUGAGACCGAGCUGAUCCAGGUGGAAAUAGAACAGACAGGACCAAGCAUGAGAACCCCUGAGAGGGCGUCCAUAGAUUCAGUGACGAUUGGUUCACCAUUGGAUAAAUGGGAAGAGCUGAACCCAAACCCUGAAAGGAAUGGCAACAGGAAAUGGAAGUUAGAAAGAAGGCGUUCUUCAAAAAACUCCUCCAAUGAGUUUCUCUGGUCCAUCGACUGUAAAUCCCAAUUAGAGCCAUCGAAUAAGAACUCCCUAGAAGUAAAUACCAAAGCGGAUCCAGAGGCUGCCCUAGCAUCUCAACUCAACAGGCAGUAUAUUAGUGGAAGACAUGCUCGCCUAAAUAAGGAGCAGCGGUUGGGCAGCGCCCUCUUGUCCAGGAAUCAGUCCCUGGAGGAGGAGUUUGAGCGAGCCAAAGCUGCUGUUGAGUCAGACACAGAGUUCUGGGAUAAGAUGCAGGCGGAGUGGGAAGAGCUUGCUCGGCGGAACUGGCUGACAGAAAACGAGCAGGCGCAGAUUCCCUCCAGUGUCUCUCCGCAUGAGAAGGGUUACUACUUCCACACAGAUAAUCCAUAUAAGGACUUGCCUAACGCAUUUGAAGAGGGACAAAAGAAGUCCAAAGAGGGAGAUUUGCCAAACGCCGUUCUUAUGCUGGAAGCUGCUGUCCUGCAGGACCCUCAUGAUUCAGAGGCUUGGCAAGUGUUAGGGACCACCCAGGCUGAAAAUGAGAACGAACAGGCGGCCAUCGUCUCCCUACAGCGGUGUUUGGAGCUCCACCCAAACAACCUCCCAGCCCUCAUGGCUCUGGCAGUGAGCCUGACCAACACGGGUAUGCGCAACGAUGCCUGUGAGGCCCUGCUCCGCUGGCUGCGGCACAAUCCAAAGUACAAACACCUGCUGAAGGGAAAGACACAACUGAUCGGAUCCCCAAACUCUCAACGAAGGAUGUCACAUGUUCUUAACAUGGGAAGACAUGAAAGCUCCCUGCAACCCGAGGUCAAGGAGCUCUUUCUGGAAGCAGUUCAGCACAACUCUGACAGCAUCGACCCGGAUUUACAGACGGGCCUUGGGGUGCUCUACAACCUCAGCGGAGAGUUCAACAAAGCUGUGGAGGCCUUUAAUACAGCGCUAUCAGUGCGGCCCGAGGACUACUUGUUGUGGAAUCGCCUUGGAGCCACGCUUGCAAAUGGGGACCGGAGUGAGGAGGCCGUGGAGGCGUACACACGAGCCCUGAAGCUACAGCCAGGAUUUAUCAGGUCUCGCUACAACCUGGGAAUCAGCUGUAUUAACCUCGGAGCUCACCGAGAGGCAGCCAGUAACUUCCUGACAGCCUUAAGCCUUCAGAGGAAAAGCGGGAGUCGCCAGCAGAACCACCAGGUGAUGUCUGGAAACAUCUGGGCUGCUCUGAGGAUAGCUUUAUCCAUGAUGGACCAGCCCGAGCUCUUCCAGGCUGCAAAUAUUGGUGACCUGGAUCUUCUCAUGCGAGCCUUCAAUUUAGACAUCUGAGGAGUGGGUGGUACUAACAGUAGCAGCUCAUCCUCACUUCUUGAUUUCAGCCAAAGACCAAAGUGCACACAUCAGAAUGGAUCAAAACUGGUGUUACAGACAAGAGUGUGAUUUUUAUGCAUGUCAAAGUUAACUACAGACGUCAAAGUUGUUAUAUUUUUGUCUCAAGUACCUUGGAGCAGGUCUGAGGACAGGUUCUUCCAAGUAGUGACUGCUUUGUGAUGGAUUUGCACUGCAAUUUGUGAUUUCCCUGAAGAGCACAAGGACGGGCAAAGAUUGUAUGAGCAAUGCCUUAGAGAACACAUCAAUUAAAAACUGACUCAUCCAGUGGAACAGAGCUAAGCCAGUGGAGACGUGCAGACAGACAGUUCCAGCAGAGUCUCACAGAGGAACCUUCACUUGCUGCUUUGCAGAGAAAAGAGGAGGUCUCGAGGAAAAAAAAAAAAGGUUUCGUUAUCCAAUUACUUUCAAAGACUCGAGACUGUCUCACCCUCCUGAAGGAUGGAUUUAGUGAGCAAGUGAUAAAGACUGCACCAUAUGACCUGGAACUCCAGAUUCAAUUCCUGGCUUGUUUUCAUCCUCUUUCAACAGACAAUGAUACUGCAUGAAAAGCAUUUUCAUAAAUGGAUCCUUGUUAAAAAAUUAACAUACUUUGAGAAGUUUUCCCUUUGCACUUCAGACAAACAGAUAACUUCCUCAACCCAAGUGGAAUGUGCAAGCCAGGUUGUAAAGCCUUACUCUAAUGCAUGCGAACAACAAUAUUUAUUUAUACUAUUUUUAUUGCAACACAGUAACACUAAGCCAUGUUCAGACUGAUUUUGAUUUCUUUAAAUAACUGUCGUCUUUUGAACUUGAAAGCUGUCUGAGCCAUUUAUUUUUAUUUAUUUUUUCAGUCUUGGCUCCUGGCUUUUGUUUGUUCCCUUUAUGCUGACUGUCAGGAGAAAUACAGAAAAUCUGGGCAACACUGAUCUGUCAAACCUUCAUUUGUGUGAAAACUUUCAGAGUUCUCUCUGAUGAAAGAAAGUUUGACAGGUCUAAAAAUAUCUCUGUCCGCUUAGGAUGGCUUUAGUAGCCUAUACAUCAUUCUCUCAUUUUCCUAACAGAAUUCAAUACAGCUUAAUAGCAUUACAGGUAAAAAUAAAUGUGUAGCUGCAAGCCAAGACCUUAAAGAGCUUUGGAUAUUUCCUAAUGCAGUCAUUUGUAUCUUCGCUGCGGCUCUGCGGGCAGGGAAGCUCACACAUUUAAUUAAAUCAGUUUGCCUCAGCCAUCAUGCAUGAUUUAAAUAUUUGUGUAAGCUUGAGCAGGAUGCUGCACAUAUUUGAAAUGUUUUUGCGCCACCGUCUGCGAACUUUAAUUUACAUAAUGAUUAUAGAAAACAUUUAGUUAUCCUGCAACCAAAAAACAUGUUUGUAAGGAGACAUUUCUUUCAGAAGAUGUUUUUGUUGUUGUUGCAAAACCUCAGAAGCAAAGUUAUUUUCUUAUAACACACUUUUUGGCAAAUACCCUCUUCUGUGUCACUAGUCACUCUGUGCACUGAACACCAACAGAGUCAAGUAAAGGAUAGAUAAUCUGCUGUACUUUAUAGCUCAAGACCUUGCUGGUUUGACAGGUGUUGUCCACAGCCUGGGUGUGCUGGAGGAAGUGGGUUUCUAUAUUCAGAUCCUAUGCAAAAAGGUCAUGUUUUAUGUUGCCAUUCAGAUUGUCAGCUUGGUCUUGUCUGCCUUAGCAGACCAAAAAGAAGUGGUGAUUCAGUGCUUUGAGAGAAUGCUAUCAGGGGAAACCAGAGACCAGUUCAAGAGCCAUUCAUUUCCCAAACUGUAGCACUUUGAUGCCAUGGUCUGAAUAGGAAGAAGUGCUUCAUUAGGAAACUGGGGAACAAAAAAAAGAGAGAAACAGAUACAAACACACACACACACACACACACACACAGACAAAGCAUCCACCUGAACUGCAGCCUUCAUGUUUUAUACCCACAUGGUAGAACAAUAUGUCUUUGGCCUCCAUUUCUCCCACCAAAUUCAAACUGUACAUCAAACUUUGCCAUCUGAUACAUUCCACAUGUCUGCUGCAUUUGUUCUCCCAGAAACUCACCUUGGAUGCACUGAGAAGAAAACUGUUACUGUUUCUCUCAAUUACAAUAAUUGGAUUGAAACAGAACAACUAACAUAAAGGUUAUGAAGUUAUAAAGGCUGAAGCUGUAGUAAGACAUCAAAAAAAAAAGUUUGCAGAGAGUUGCUGUGGCCAUCCAUAAUGUUUAAUAGAUCAUGGAGGCAGAGGAACCCAUUGAGACACAAGCAAGUAUGUGCAUGCCAUCUGCAUGCUGACAGUGGUCACACAAUGGCAAAGGAAACAACGUCAAAGCAAGGUGAAAAUGUACUCACUGUCUAAGAGACUUUAUUUUGCUGAGGUUAUUUGAAUAAUAUCCAAUAGUCCUGUUAAGUAUUUCCUCAUCAUUUGGACCCUGAAUAAUAUUAUUUCCAGAGCAUAGCUCAAUUUAUGGAAAAGUUAGUCUGUUCAUCCAGCACUUUGGUUAAGACAGAAAUAUCUCGGAAACUGUUUGGUUGACUGACAUUCACAUUCCAGAGUGCAUUAAUCCACGUAAAGUUGGUGAUCCUCUGAUUUCAGAUCUUGAUGCCUGAGUGCAGCAUAGCACAGUUGCUAGCAUAGUUUAAUUUUAUGGUACAUGUUCAGUGCUUCAUCUGUUUCAGGAAAGUGUUUGUUUCUAUUGACAACAUCCACCUCAGUCAUGUAUGGUGUAUGUGUGCUAACGCUGCUGGGUGAAGGCGCUCUGAGGAGAAAUGUUCAGCAAACGUUCAUUUUCAUUUGUAUCAGAACAGAGUCUCAGCACGUCCAACACCUACAUCCACUUUUCUUUCCAUAAUUCAUAACUCAACCUGUUUGUAAUAAAUGUAUGAGAUACCUGGAGGUUAUACGUCGGGCCAGCCUCCCUCCAUUUUUCAUCAUGAACACAUUUCCUCUCAGCUGUCCUUUGAGUCAGUGAACUUUAGAAUUUCAAACAUGAUGUCUGUUUAAAUUGUGAUUUCUGAAUCAACUCUAGUUUCUUAUGAGGUUGUAGGCCUUUGCUUUUUUGCAUUUGUAGUCGUGUUAAAGAAAAAAAAAAGAAACUUAUUUUUUUAAAGAGAUCUUAACUUGCUAGCUAACAGUCAAACUUCUACUGUGCACAUCAUACUGCAGUGCAUUUUAAUAGGAUGCCUGGUGACGUUUUCUUUUUGUAGAACCUUCCUACUUUUGGACCCUCUCAGGUGAACUGACCUAGCUUAACGCAUGCUUUGGGGAAAAAAAAAAAACAGAUCAAGGUUGAUCGCAUGCUAGAUGAUUUACAUUUUUUUUGAAUGCUUUUUUUGUUUGUAUGCAUGAAAUACAUGGAAGUGCUUUCUUUCUCUCCAACUUACUUAAAGAAAUGAACUAUAUCAUGAAGUUUCCUUGCAAUAUUUCUACAAUGAACUUUUAAAAUUCUGUAACCUUGACAAAAAGUGAUGUAUGUAUUCAGUAUAUAUUCGACACAAGAUGCUUUUUUCUUGCAAAGAACUAGCGAGUGUGCAAGGCUUGAGCUGAGAAAUACUGGCACAUUGCUAGAAACUGGUUGUAGUUAUAUGCUGUAGAAAUGUUGUAAUUAUGACUUCUACACAUUAGAAAUGUACUCGUAACCUUUUAAAGAACCCCAACAUAUACAAUCCAUGCUUUUUAAUGUUCAAACUAAACAUAUUUUCCAUAAAUUGUUAUGAACACUUCCACAAAGUUUCAGUCAUCUUUUCAUUGUUAUUAAAUGUCAUCUUUUUUCAGCUCUAAAAGGUCAUUAGUUCUGGUUGCUCAUGUGGAUAAAUGUUUUUUAGUUUAAUUCAAAUAUUCAAUUGACAAAAAAUAAAAUGCAUAAUAAAACAUAUAGUGUCUAAAAUAAUCCUUCCCUCAUUUCUAUAAUAAUAGAGUUCCCUGCAGGUCAUAUAUGUUCAAUCUAGCCUGUUAUGUGAUGGGUAAUCAAUUUAAAGGAAAUCAACUUACUGCCUUUGAGCUUGACUGAGAAAAUUCUUAUUGGUUAACUGUGGAUUUAAGGAAUCUCAUGCUUUUGAGACAAGAUAUUUUAAAUAAAAAAAACACAUUGUGGAGGGACAUUUUGAUGUGAAAAGAAAUCUGCAAUUAACUACACUAUUCUGUUUGUUUAGCUUUAUGAUUUUUAAACUUUAUUGCUGCAUAUAUAUUUAUCAAGUAGCCUAUAUCUUUGUGCUUUGGCAUGUGCACAUAAUGAUCUAUGGAUGAGUGUAGUCCUCUUGCAUUUAAUAUCAUGCUCAGGCUCUAUAAAGUAUUUCUAAAAUGUUAUGAACAGCGUCCUCAGUUGGGGUUCGUAAAGGUUAUCAGUACAUGCUGUGUACAUUUCAGUCUUCACUCCUUUUAUUCAACAUGUGUAGUUUGUUCUGGUUUAUUUAUCGAUGCAUCACAAAUGUAUGAAUAAAAUGAUAUUUUGAUGAAUGAACCUAGAAAUGAUAUGCUUUAAUUUGUUUAUUGAAACACCUACUGUAAUGCAUAUUACUCCCUGUAUAACCACAAGGAAAGCAUUAGCACCUUUGAAACAUACAAUA